AUGGAGAAAGUAGCAUUCAUAUUCAUCGGUCUUAUACUUUUCUCAACAUGCACUCAGAUUCUAGCACAAUCUUGUCAAAAUGUCUCUGAUUGUGUUCAUAUGAAAUGUGUAACGAAGAUCAAAUGUGAGAACAACCAUUGUAAAUGCGUCGAUACAAAACACAGAGCUUUACCACUUGACACGAACUGUGGUGUUGCUGCUUGCAUUGACGUUUGCAAGGCGAAAGGUGAACAAGCUUAUGCGUGUAUCCUAAACCAGUGUUAUUGCCGUAAACCUCCUAUGUAA